AUGACAUUACAAAGUCCAUUAUUCAUAAUAAAGAACUUUGAAAAUGUUAAAAAUUUUAAAAAUACGUAUUCUACAAUUCUGUUAUGCUUGAUAGCUAAUUUAACAGCUUUAAUUUAUAACGUAUGGUUAUUUACAGUGCUUAAAUGGAAGUUGCCCAAAGAAGAGUGCGGAGACCAAGUGAAAUUUUAUUUUUAUGCUGUUCCUGUUAACCCAAUUGGCGGGUUUCGAAUCUUCAUGUUAAUAAUGAGCUAUAUUACAUCGAUAUAUUUAUCAAUAUGGUUAAUAAGCUUAAUUAUCGCGGGAUUCGUAUACAGAAAGGAAAUUAACUUUAUUCGAAAAGUUACACCAGAUUCAGGGUCAGAAGGGUCAAAAGUAUUAACCCGAGAAAAUCCAAAGAAAAAAAAAGGUAGAAUGUUUUUUAUAUUACCAAUGGCAGUUGAAAUAGUUUCAACUGAAUUAUCAGUGCAAAGAAAUUCGAUAUCAGGAAUCUGGGACUGGGGGUUUGGUCAAAUAUUAGCUAUGGUAUUGGCUGUGUUAGAUUUGUUAAGAACAUUUAUUGUAGUUUAUAGAAUUAUUUGCGAUAUAUUUGAGAAGUUGACAACACAAGAUCGACUCAAAACCUGA